GUGUCAACUGCGUGAAUAUGAAUAAUGAUAAAAAAGGACGGUACAAGUAUUGCAUCGUUCCUAAAUGCAAGAAUUCUUCGGUAAAUGCACCAGACAAAAUUUUUAUUUCACUGCCAAGUAACUUAAAAUCACGAAAGUUAUGGCAGCGCGCUAUGCGGAGGGCCGACUUUGUAUCUGUCAAGGGGACGCAUUUUUGUUGCGAAGAUCAUUUUAAUGUUGAAAAAGACUUAGAAAAUUACAUGUAUAUCAAAACUAUGAAAGUGGGAAAAAUUAUAUUGAAACCAGGCGUAAUUCCGCAUAUAUUUGAUUGCCAGAUUGAUAGACCGACGGCCCAUACAUCUAAAGCUCCACCGUUUGUUCAAGAAAAGGAAAAACUAAUUUUGUUAAAUACUUGUAACGAAGAUAUCGCUGAAAAUCAAAGCAUGUCUGAUGAAGCAGGUACACAGGAAAAGACCUUUGAUGUUGGAAUUCAAGUUAAUAAACAUGUUUUUCGAAGAUCAAAAGCUACACAGACCGUAAAUAUUAUACGCCACCGAAAAAGAAAUCGUUCUAAAGAAGUAGAAAAUACUGAAAGUAUUGGAAAAAAUUACGACUAAGCUCUCCCGUGGACAGUGACUGUUCGAAUACAUCAGACAUGCCUUCUGUUGAUACAUCAUCAGAUUCUACUUUGCCUGGAAUAUUUGUUAAAAACUGGAAUUCGAAAAACAAUAUUGAGCGAAGAUCUAUUUACGUCAUGGAGAAAAAUCCGAAAUUAUAUCUUGGAAUCACAAGGGACU